UAGUACAGGCAGCACAGCCGCAGGGUUGCAGCAGCAGCAGCUGCCUGCCUCCCUUUCUCUGACAUCCAUGAAUGGGUUCGAGCCGAGCUGAAGCUGAAGCAGAAGGAGAGGAGAGAGGAGGUGGUGUACUGGUGCGUGUGUGUACGAGUAUUUCAGAAGCCAACCCCCUCCCCUCCCUCUCGCUGCUGCGUCUCUGAUUUUGAUGCAUGCAAAGGACGCGCACAAGUGCACAAGAGCGUGAGAGGAGAGGAGAGGAGAGGAGAGAGAGAUGGUGCUACCGAUGAGCUCGCGUCAGUAGUAGUACAGUGUGUGAUUUCACUGAAACUUUGUUCCCCACCGUCUCCUUCCGCUUCUCUCCUCUCGUGAGAUCGAGAGUGUGAGAGGCCGGUGGAGGAGGAGGAGGAGGAGGAGGAGGAAAGGUGAGGUGGGAUUUGGAUUUGGAUUUGGAUUGGCGGCGAUGCUGCGGAGGAUGGUGGUGUCGGACACGGACGCCGGCGGCGGCGGCGGGGAGGCGGGGAGGGUUCGAGGUGGUGGCGGCGGCGGCGCGGCGCUGUUCGCCGUGCCGAGGUUGUUUGUUGGGCUGGCCGCGAAGCGCGGGGCGGGGGAUGGCGGGGAGCCGGCGUCGAGGAGCCCGACGUCGCCGCUGGACCCCAAGGCGCUCCUGCUCCGGUCGCCGCGGUCGCCGAGGACGUGGUGGGACGCCGAGCCGGUCGGCCUCGCCCUCGCCGCCGCCGCCGACGACGACGCCGCCAAGAACUGCCUCCUCCUCAGCCCGCGCGUCGGGCCGCUGAAGUCGUUCGCCUCGCUGCCCAAGGACUGCGGCGGCGGGCACUCGCCGCGCCCGGGGGAGCUCGCCAAGGCGAUGUCCUGCGCCGCGGCGGCCACCGCCACCGCCUCCGCCGCCGGCGGUAUGUCCGUGCCGUGCGGCGUGUUCUUCUACGGGGAUCUGAAGUCUGGUCCGGAGGCCACUCGAUCCGGUGGCGCUCACCCCAAUGCCAAGCGCCGCUCCUUCGAUCUCGGCGGCGGCAAGAUCCCUGGGCCGGGCUCUCUGCCGGCGUCGAUCGGCGGCGUCCGGCGGUUCAUCGGCUCGGUCUCGGCGAGCGAGAUCGAGCAGUCGGAGGACUACACCUGCAUCAUCGCUCGCGGCCCUAAUCCCAAGACGACCCACAUAUUUGGGGACUGCAUCUUGGAGCCCCAGACGAUGGACGCCUCCGCCUCCGCCGCCGCCAUGGAUGUGACGGAAGCACCCACCGAGUCCUACUGGGUGGUGAAGUGCGACGCCGGCGCCGCCCCGGCCUCCGGCGGCGGCGACUUCUUGAGCUCCUGCUUCACUUGCAAGAAGAAGCUGGAGGGAAAUGACAUUUACAUUUACCGUGGUGAGAAAGCAUUCUGCAGCGCCAAUUGCCGGGACCAACAAAUCCCGAUCGAAGAGGAAGCCGAGAACAACACCACCAUCGUCUCCUCCCCGCCCUCAUCCUGCUCCUCCCUCCACGAGGACAUCUUCAUGGCCGGCAUGUUCGUCGCGACAUGACCUGACCCUUCCCGUGGCCUGGACCGACCGAUUGAACCUGUCCUCGCCUCCGCAAGUUGUCCAAAUUUUUUUCCCCCUGGUCUUCUACCAGGGGAUAGAUCAAGAUGAUCGAAUCACCAGCUCACAUUGCUAUCUAUCAUCAGUCUGUUGUUUUUGAUUCAGCAAACUGAAGAAGAAGAAGAAGCCAAUGUUCUUGGUGGGUCAUUAUCACUGGAGACGAUGAGCUUUUUUCUUUUACUGGACCUGGAAACUUGCAGAGAUCUGGGCUUUUUAGAGAAAAGAGAGGUCGCCUGCCUGCCUUUAGUGAUUUUAGUCGUGUAGUUUUGAUCCUAAGGCUGCUGGCCAGUGCCCACAUCCAUUUUUUUUCUUCCUUUUCUUUCUUCUUCAUUUCUUGCUCUUUGGCAGCAGUGACAAUGUCUGCAAUAUUGCUACACUACUUCUGCUGUGAGAUAAUGACAUUGAGCUGCUUUAGGUCAUUUCCAUUCUUCUUUUACCCUGAUGAAAUGACAUGAUGAAUGGUGAUAAUGAUGAUGAUGA